GAUCUGGAAGACUCCCACUACUCCUCCUCAUAACUGGUGUAGGCGUUUAACCCUAAAUUGUGCAUUAUGGCAGACAAAUUAACAAGAAUUGCUAUUGUCAACCAUGACAAAUGUAAGCCAAAGAAAUGCCGUCAAGAAUGCAAGAAGAGUUGUCCUGUGGUUCGAAUGGGAAAACUUUGCAUAGAAGUCACAUCACAGUCCAAAAUAGCAUGGAUCUCGGAAACACUCUGUAUUGGUUGCGGUAUUUGCAUCAAGAAAUGUCCUUUUGGAGCCUUGUCCAUUGUUAACUUACCUAGCAACCUGGAGAAAGAAACAACGCAUAGAUAUUGUGCCAAUGCCUUCAAACUUCAUAGGUUGCCUAUCCCUCGCCCAGGUGAAGUACUGGGAUUGGUUGGAACAAAUGGUAUUGGAAAAUCGACUGCCUUGAAAAUUCUAGCAGGAAAACAGAAGCCAAAUCUUGGAAAAUAUGAUGAUCCACCUGACUGGCAAGAAAUUUUGACUUAUUUCCGAGGAUCUGAAUUACAAAAUUAUUUUACCAAGAUCCUGGAAGAUGACCUGAAAGCUAUCAUUAAACCUCAGUACGUGGACCAGAUCCCUAAAGCUGCAAAGGGAACAGUGGGAUCAAUUCUGGAUAGGAAAGAUGAAACUAAGACACAAACUGUUGUAUGUCAGCAGCUCGACCUAACACAUCUGAAAGAAAGAAAUGUUGAGGACCUUUCAGGAGGAGAACUUCAGAGAUUUGCUUGUGCAGUUGUUUGCAUUCAGAAGGCCGAUAUCUUCAUGUUUGAUGAACCUUCUAGCUACCUAGAUGUCAAGCAGCGCUUGAAGGCUGCCAUUACUAUUCGAUCCCUAAUAAACCCUGACAGGUACAUUAUUGUCGUAGAGCAUGAUCUAAGUGUGUUAGAUUAUCUCUCUGACUUCAUCUGCUGCCUGUAUGGUGUGCCAAGUGCUUACGGUGUUGUUACUAUGCCUUUCAGCGUAAGAGAAGGCAUAAACAUUUUCUUAGAUGGCUACGUUCCAACAGAAAAUCUGAGGUUUCGAGAUGCAUCUCUGGUAUUUAAAGUGGCCGAGACAGCUAAUGAAGAAGAGGUUAAAAAGAUGUGUAUGUAUAAAUAUCCAGGAAUGAAAAAAAAGAUGGGAGAAUUUGAACUAUCCAUAGUCGCUGGAGAAUUCACCGAUUCUGAAAUUAUGGUGAUGUUAGGGGAAAACGGAACUGGCAAGACUACAUUUAUCCGAAUGCUUGCAGGAAGACUUACACCUGAUGAAGGAGGUGAGGUCCCAGUUCUAAACGUCAGCUACAAACCACAGAAGAUCAGUCCUAAAUCUACAGGAAGUGUCCGUCAGCUACUGCAUGAGAAGAUCAGAGACGCCUAUACACAUCCCCAGUUUGUAACUGAUGUCAUGAAACCUCUUCAAAUAGAAAAUAUCAUUGACCAGGAGGUUCAAACGUUGUCUGGUGGUGAGUUGCAGCGUGUUGCACUAGCUCUUUGUCUUGGUAAACCUGCAGAUGUCUACCUAAUUGAUGAACCGUCAGCAUAUUUGGACUCUGAACAACGUCUAAUGGCUGCUAGAGUCAUUAAACGUUUCAUUCUUCAUGCUAAAAAAACAGCUUUUGUGGUAGAACAUGAUUUUAUCAUGGCUACAUAUCUCGCCGAUCGUGUGAUUGUUUUCGAUGGUAUUCCUUCCAAGAACACACUUGCAAACAGUCCACAGACCCUUUUGGCUGGAAUGAAUAAGUUUUUAUCUCAACUUGAAAUCACAUUUAGAAGAGACCCCAACAAUUACAGACCAAGAAUAAACAAACUCAAUUCAAUCAAGGAUGUGGAACAAAAGAAGAGUGGAAACUACUUUUUCUUGGAUGACUAAAUAUUGAAUCUGAGCAUCUUUUGUAACUGGCAUAUAGAAAUGCAUAUUGGAAUCUAAACAUUUGUGGAGGAGAAGGCUCAAAAUCAGGUUUUAGAACACUUCAUCUUUUGGAGCUUAAACUCUUGCUGCGUGUAACAUCUGAGACCAGUAGCGGUGUAAAUCCUACCUAGUCGGAGUAAAACUGCCACUUUCUAUAUUUUGGUGACACAGUCCUGUUUUCAGUGUAAUAAUUUCAAAAUCGACCACCUUGAAGUUGUGCAAA